AUGAAAGCCAGCGGGGGGGCGGCGGCGGCGGGCGCGGGGCAGCCCCCGGCGGGCAGCGGCGCGGGGCUGCCGGCGGGUAGCGGGCGGCGGCGGGAGCGGCGCGGCGGCGGCGGGGGGCAGCGGGCGGCGGCCAACGCCCGGGAGCGGGACCGCACGCACAGCGUCAACACGGCCUUCAGCGCGCUGCGCACGCUCAUCCCCACCGAGCCGGCCGACCGCAAGCUCUCCAAGGUGGAGACGCUGCGCCUGGCCGCCAGCUACAUCGCGCACCUGGCCAACGUGCUGCUGCUGCGGCCCUGCCCGCAGCGCCCGCCCUGCCCGCAGCGCCCGCCGCCGCGGCCCGUCUGCACCUUCUGCCUCAGCGCGCAGCGCAAGCGGAAGUUUAAAAAGUAA